CGAUCAGAGCAAGUAGUGGGAGAGCGAGUCGAGUMACAGGUAGGACGGAGCGCAGUUAUCCUAGGUCUCGACAUUGGCAAUGCAGUGUGCGCUAGUGUCUUAUWUCCCUCUAGAUAUGAGCUAGCCAGUGAUAAUCAUCCCACUGACGAGGACUGCGACUCACUGAAUCCGGAGUUUAGGACUGAAACCGGUUAGGAAGAAAAGGGAAAGCUUCGGGCKGGGAGAGCCAAAGACCACAACGCCGGCUUCCGGGGAUUCAGGGCAGCAUAUAGAAACAGCAGAAGGCGGUCUUCGGAAGGGCGAGCAUCCAUUAGAUAUAAUUUGGAUAUACAACCACUGCUGUAGUGGAACCCUAAACAUGUCAAGAAAGGUCCACAGAACCGAAGUAUGCGCCGACUGCAGUGCACCAGAUCCGGGCUGGACCAGCAUCAACAGGGGCGUUCUGAUCUGUGACGAGUGCUGCUCGGUGCACCGUAGCCUGGGGCGCCACAUCUCCAUCGUCAAGCACCUGCGGCACAGCGGCUGGCCCCCUGCACUGCUGCAGAUGGUGCAGACCCUGGCCAGUAAUGGGGCUAACUCGAUUUGGGAGCACUCUCUGCUUGACCCAGCACAGGUGCAGAGCGGCCGCAGGAAACCCAACCCACAGGACAAAGUCCACCCCACCAAGUCCGAGUUCAUCCGCGCCAAGUACCAGAUGCUAUCCUUCGUCCACAAGCUGCCGUGCCGCGAUGACGACGGUGUUACCACCAAGGACCUCAGUAAGCAACUGCACUCCAGUGUGAGGACGGGGAGUCUGGAGACAUGUCUACGGCUGCUGUCCCUGGGAGCACAGGCCAACUUCUUCCACCCGGAGAAGGGCACCACUCCACUCCACGUGGCAGCCAAGGCAGGCCAGGUUCUGCAGGCAGAGCUGCUGGUCGUGUACGGAGCCGACCCCGGAGCCCUGGACAUCAACGGACGCACACCCAUGGACUACGCCAGGCAAGCGGGCCAGGUGGAGCUGGCAGAGCGGCUGGUUGAGUGUCAGUACGAGCUCACAGACAGGCUGGCUUUCUACCUGUGUGGCCGACGCCCUGAUCACAAGAAUGGGCAUUAUAUCAUUCCUCAGAUGGCUGACAGCCUGGACCUCUCAGAACUGGCCAAGGCAGCUAAGAAGAAGCUCCAAGCGCUGAACAAUCGAUUGUUUGAGGAGCUGGCCAUGGAUGUGUAUGACGAAGUGGACCGCAGGGAGAACGAUGCAGUGUGGCUGACGACUCAGAACCACAGUACUCUGGUGACGGAGCGCAGCGCGGUGCCCUUCCUGCCUGUCAACCCCGAAUACUCAGCCACACGCAACCAGGGUAGACAGAAGUUGGCCCGUUUCAACGCUCGUGAGUUCGCAACGCUAAUCAUCGACAUCCUGAGUGACGCCAAGAGGAGGCAACAGGGGAAAGGGCCUAUGUUGUUGCUCUGAUCCAUCCCUGUAGACUCUAGUCUGGACCUGGGGGCCGACGACGACCAGCAUGACUACGACAGCGUAGCGUCGGACGAGGACACGGACAGCGAGUUGACCACUCAGAACAACAACAACACGCAGCGCAACAACCGGGCCAAGAGCAUGGACUCGUCGGACCUGUCGGACGGGCCCAUCACUCUGCAGGAGUACCUGGAGGUUAAGAAGGCCCUGGCCUCCUCCGAGGCUAAAGUCCAGCAGCUGAUGAAGGUCAACAACAACCUGAGUGAAGAGCUGCGCCGGCUGCAGAAAGAGAUCUCGCGGAUGCAGACGGAGAACAGUGCGUUGCGGGGGGGCCAGGUCAUCGGAGGAGGGGGAGCUGGCGGUUUGGGAGGCGGGGGAGGAGGCAGCCCGGCACAUUGGCAAGGGGGGGUGAGAGGCGGCGGAGGGGGAGGUAGGGGAGGGGACCACUCCAGCCUAGCCAUGUCCUCGGCGCCCGCCCACCGGAGGGACAGACAGGCUUUCUCUAUGUACGAGCCGGGGCCCGCCACCCCCAAGCCCCACUCCCACUCCCCGGGCCUGGACUCCUUGACGGGCCGCCUGCAGCCUCUGCACCCCAGUGUGAGGAAGGGGGGUCCUGGCGGUCCAACACCCUAUGGAGGACAGCACCUCUCUAGCUCCAUGGAGAUGGGGAGAUACAUGGUCCCUAAAGGAGAGAAGCACGGCAGUGGCACUGAUAGUGACUAUGACAACACUCAGAUGUAUGAGCUGUCGCUAAGUAGGGGGCGCAGCAGUGAAGAGGAGGGCCGGGGGGAGUCGGAGGAGUGGGAGGGGGGUGAGCCGGAUCCUACCCUGCCGUGCACAGAAGACGUGAUCCUCAAGACGGAGCAGGUGACCAAAAACAUCCAGGAGCUUCUGAGGGCCGCACAGGAGUUCAAACACGACAGUUUCGUUCCAUGCUCUGAGAAGAUCCACUCUGCUGUCACUGAAAUGGCCUCUCUCUUUCCCAAGCGGCCCGCCCUAGACGCCGUGCACUGCUCCCUGCGCCUCCUGGCGUCCAGCGCCUCCCGCCUCCAGGUGGAGUGUCGCAAGGCGGCACCCCCGGACCCGUCAGCGCCCGCCGUCGACUACCAGCUGCUCACCCAGCAGGUCAUCCAGUGCGCCUAUGACAUCGCCAAAGCCGCCAAGCAACUGGUCACCAUCACCACCCGCGAGAAGAAACAGUGACGGGGGUAGAGAGGGGACGGACAGGGGAGUGGCGAGGGGAGUUGCAAGACUGACAGAGGGAGGGGAGAGGGAGCAGGAGAGGGAUGGAGGUAGCAUCGAUUUCCAAGCUUCCUAGUCGAGUGAUGAACGACACUUGGAAGGUUGGCAUCUCGAGGGAGGGAAAUGCCAGCCAAGGGGAGAAGCUAUAUUGGCUGCAAACCGAAAAGAAGAUCUCUGAGGAUGAAUAAAUAGAAAAUGGGGAGUCGAAGGUAGGGAAUGAAGAGCGGGGGGAAGACCAGGUGGUAAUAUUAUAUGACAAUAGAACAAAGCUGAGAAUCCACUGCAGCCCUUGAUACUAUACCUGAGUGGACUGAGUGCAGUUCUAUGGGGGAGGAGGAAUGUGGACCAUUGAGAGAGUAAUUGCAUGCGGGAGAUGGGCACAGCUCUCAUCUCACUAUGAUCUCAGUCUAUCGUUCCUUUGGAGAGGGGGGGAUCCUUUUACUUCAACACCCCUCUCUGUGCAGCGCCUCAAACUCUGAUGAGACCGAGGCAGGCUGGGCCCGGGGCUGGGGCCAGUCAGUGUGGCCUACAAGGGGGCCAGGCCUUGGAAGAGAUCCACCCUGCUCUAUCUCUCUGUCUCUCAGACAACGCCUCCACUAUAGUCCCAGGCUCUGCUAAGGAGGGCCCUUGCUACUCACUGGUACACUACAGCAUGUCUUGGCAUCGUGGACAAACGACUAGGGGAUUUUUUCUUUUCUUUUUGCCAAUCCGUUGGCCUGUACCUCUGGGACAAGAAUUACUGACUUAAGAAAAAAACAAAAACACUUACACUGGAAUUAUUGUGAUUUAUUAUUAUGCCCAUUGUUUUGUAUUUUUACUGUCAUGAGUUACAUUAUCUCAUGUAUGUUUACUUUGACGUCGUCUCAUGUAUGAUGGUUCCUGUUUAGGGACCAGGGAAGAGCUGUGACAAUACUCACUCGCCUUCUGUCUGACUGUGUCUUGACACGUGCGCACACACACACACACUUAACUUGUGAAAUGGUCCUGGAGCAGUCCAAUUCCUCCCAGGAAUUUCACUUUUUACUUCCUAUAGAUUAUUAUUUUUUCUACCUGUCAUGUUCUAAUAUGUCAGUAGCCAAGGGGUUGAACAGAUGCUUAAGGGGUAGGGAAGGGGUAUAAUAUGCUAUCAGUAGAAAAAUCUGGAAGCGGCAUGACAAUAUUAUAUAUUAUGCAGCCAUUGGCUGCUUCAGUCGCUAGGCAAAGCUUAUCAUCUCAAUCGCACUACAGUGGGAUCCAUACGAAGCUCGCUCUUCAACAUAUGCCAACUCGAGGCAGACUAGCUAGAUAGGGAACAAAUGUUUUGUGAAAACGACAAACUGCACCUGCUGUAGGUUGUGGGGCCACUGGGGAAGCUGCCCUGUUUUUAAUACUGUGCUAAACAAAUGAACGGUCACACUUAGCUUAGUGACACACGCACUCCACGUAUUUAGUUUGAUUUCUUAGCUUCAAGGACUUUAGUGAUCGUCUGUCGGAUGGAUCUGGGUCAUGUUAAUUAGGAACUAAACGGUUGAAAACGGACUGAAACAGGGAGACUACUUGGACCCCCCACACACACACACACACAAGGCUUGUGUGAUCCUUGAAAGCGCUUCCAUGUCAGCUUGACUCAUGUUCUCUUAGCCACGGGGUCCUGUCGUUUCACUCUCCGCCUGACUGCUCUCGUGCUCACUACAUUUAAUGAACCUGUAGGGGAUAUGAGAUCUUUUAUCUGUUCCCCGUCAAAUGUCCAAAAGAUUGUCAAAUGUAACGUUCCAAUCAUGAUUGCCUUUGCACAUCUCCUGCUAGUCUGGCUUAAUACUUAGUGAUGUUAUAGCUGUUUGGGUUCCCUGAGUUGAUUAUCUAUCUCACACACUGGGACAGUAUUAAAUACUUUCUUCCCCAUUACAAUGUCCUCUGUUACCUCUCAGACAACCUGUUGUAGAAUAGAGGCCUAUAUAUAAACAUAUUUUCAUGCUAUUUUUUUAUUAAGCUAUAUGUUCGUAUUGUGUUUGGGAGAUCUGAUCUAUUUAUGCUUGCCGUGGUGGGUUCCAGGCCUGAGGGGUAAGUGAAUAGGGUCUGAAGUCUGCCACUGGUUAGCACUAAACUCAUCUCAAGUCUGAGGGGAAAGGGCUAUUGCACAAUGCUACGCCUUCCCUCUUCUUCUUAGUGGACACUUAGUAUAGGGUCCCUUUUUAGUGGGAAUGUUGGAAAAUGUUACAUGUCAGUCUGCCUCCAUGUUGUUCACAUAUGCAUCCCGAACACACACACACAUCAUGUUGUUUAGACAGUGGCACUGCUCUGUGCCCAGUACUGUUUUCUGUGUGUCACAAACCUCUUUACCUGGGAGAUCACUGAUGGGAGAAUAUAUUUUAACAGAAGUAAAAACUGUAAAAAGUAGAACAUGGAAAAAAGGUCAAUCGUAAUGGAAACUCAUAAGCUGUACAUUUCUAAUAAAAAAAAAUAUUAAAAAAACAA